AUGUCCGCCGCGGGAGCUUCGAGCUCUCCCGCACCGCCGGAAGAGCCUUCAAACGCCGCCAAAGACACCCCCGGCAGCGCCAACCAAAGCCAUGAAGACAAUACCAGCUCGGAAACCUCCAGCAAAUCAUCCGGAUGGCUGCAAAGGACGCAUCAGAUGUGGUUGCAGGGUAAAGGCAUGCUGCUCGUCCUGCUCGCGCAGUUCUUCGGUGCCACGAUGAACGUCAUGGCCAGACUGCUUGAGCAAGACGGACCUCACGGCAAAGGCAUGACGCCGUUCCACGUCAGUCUCUUCCUCAUUCUUCUUCUAACUACUCGUCCUCUCGUUGUCUUGCUACGCGUGCUCAGCUUGUACUACUCCCUCAUAUACCUACCGCUAUCAGAGGCUACCGUCUUGACCUUCCUCUGCCCCAUUGCCUCCUGCUACGUCGCCUCGUUCAUCAUGCCAAACGAGAAGUUCACAAGAAGCCAGCAGCUCGCGGGCGUCAUUUCGAUCCUGGGGGUCAUCCUCAUUGCCCGGCCGGCGGCUCUUUUUCCCAAAGAACCUCACGCAAAGGCAGCCACGGACCUCCAUGACUCAACCCUUCUAUUCGACACUGCUGUCAAAGAGCCCAGUACCAAACAGCAUCUGAUUGCUGUUGGAGCCGGCCUGGUGGGAGUCAUGGGAGCUACGUCGGCAUAUACCCUAAUACGCAAAAUUGGACCGCGUGCCCACCCGCUAGUCAGUGUCAACUACUUUGCCCUCUUGACCUCGGUGAUGUGUCUCCUGGCCGUUCUAGUCAUCCCAGGAGCUGAGCUGAGAAUGCCAGCAAACACCAACGAGCUGCUUUUGCUCCUUGCCUUGGGUCUCUGUGGCUUUCUCUUCCAGUACCUGGUUACUGCGGGUCUUUCGUACGUACCGCCAAAGAUUGAUGGGAAACCAUCUACACAUGGAUCUAGUGCUACCUCCAUGAUUUACCUGCAGAUUGUCUUUGCUCUCUUUUAUGACAAGGUGGUAUGGAACACUACCCCAUCGUCUACAAGUUUGCUAGGCUCUACAGUCAUUCUGCUGAGUGCAUUGUAUGUCGCACUUGCGGCUGGAAAGAGUAAAAAGAAGGAUACGAGCAGCCAGACGAAGCCGGGAGAAACGCAGAAUACCAAUGGGAACCAUGAUGUCGAGGAUCAGGCUUUGCCUAAACCAUGGAAAGCUCGGGAUCGUUCUUCGGCCAGUGAAGGCGAAACAGAAGCCUUGCUGGGUCAACACAGAAAUGAUUGA